AUGAAGACCGUCACUGAGCCUCGCGAUCGGUACAACCUCCGCAAAGCACUCACUGCCAUGGAAUGGAACGUCAAAGCCCUGGAAAAGACGAACACCCUUAUCUUGAACCAAAGCGCGCUGAAACGGCUCAGAGUUCGAGCUCUGCCUCGGAGCCUGGACGCCGAUGGCUCGCUCGCACCCAAGAAUUUCUCUUCUCUUGCCCUCAAAGACAUACCAGAGCCAACAGAAGAAUAUUCAUACGUUGGCGAUAUGAUGGUCGAUUUCCCAGAGAUUCCACGAAUGUGGCCGAGCCAUCGGAUCGGCGAUGACAUUUUUGGUAGUACCGUCAUCCGGAUCAUUUUGGGUCAGCUGAAGCUGAAGGUGUUUGUCAAUGAUAUGGUUGAGCCGGUCCUACUCUUUUCUCUGAGUCGACUGCAUCCACAUGUCAUCGAGGCAUACUUUGAUGGCCAGGAGCUGGUGUUACGACACACUAAACCCUAUGACUUUAGUUUCUUGAAUGCAGCUGGGUUCAAGACCUUUGCCCAAUGGCUCCUGAGCGAUCCUUUUGGUGAUACGUCCAAAAGAGCGCUCCAGACUUAA